CACAGUAUAAAACUGUCUGUCAAAAUGACAAAAAUGGCCUGGUAAGUAGUUGACCGAUGACGUGAAAUGAAAAAGGAAUCAGAUCUUCGAGAGAUACAGGCACCUACCAGCUGUUGAGAUAAGUGAAGACGGAGGAAAAGACAGAGGAAAAAAACAUGGAGGAAGUAAAAGGAGUUGUGAAGCACAUAUUGUUGGCUAAGUUCAAAGAUGAAACCACACCUGAUAAGAUCGAGGAACUCAUCAAAGGCUAUGCCAAUCUUGUUAACCUAAUUGAGCCCAUGAAAGCUUUCCAAUGGGGCAAGGAUGUUAGCAUUGAGAACCUGCACCAAGGAUUCACUCAUGUGUUCGAAUCCACAUUUGAAAGUACUGAGGGCAUUGCAGAAUACAUAGCUCAUCCUGCUCAUGUCGAAUUUGCAAACUUGUUUCUACCCAGCUUGGAGAAAGUCAUUGUAUUUGACUACAAGCCCACUAUCGUUCUUUGCUAAGUUAAAAGCAUCGAAAUUGUUGUCAAUAAUCCUGCAAUGUUGUUUCUGAGUGAGUUUUUUUUUAUGGUUCUGAUCAUGUCUGUUCUGUUCAACAAAAACAGGCAUCUGCUGUACUUGUCUGUUCUGUUCAAUAAAAGAAGACAUCAGGGCUCAAAAUUUUACAAUCUUGAGCAUUCUAA